GAAAAAUAAAAGAAGUGAUCUGAUUGGUUGCUAAGAGCAACUGGACAACAUUUCCUCUCCACAGGUACAUUUCCCCGAUUGUCUUCAUAUUUAGGAUGAGAAUCUACUGACAAAAUUUAGCUACAACUAGCGCUGAUUUUUCAGCUCCACAGCGGCAUCGCGAGCACUCAAGACAGGCUGACCCUACGGAGAUGGAGAAGAACCGGGCAGGAGGCUCGCAGAGGUCUCUCUCACAGACCAUACCUGAGAUAUUCCGCUCUGGCCAGAAAUCCAAUAUGGCGCCGACUCCCUCGCGCGCUUCCAGUCCUGUAGUCCCUGAGGAGGAAGACAGAACGGACGAGUCGCCGGCUCCUAUUCUCCCAGCGGAUCCCAUGAACCCAGCUGAACUGUACCGGUCCAUUCAACUUAUGUUCAAGGCUGAACUAUCUAAGGCCGUGGCUGACCUCUCCAAACAGGUGGGCGAACUGGGCAACAGGGUCUCCGAUAUGGAGCUGAGGGCUGAUGAUUUGGCGGUAGCUAUUGAGGCUGAUAGAAGUCUCCUCUCCGACCACAUUGACAAAUUGGACUUGUUGGAACUUAAGAUCGAGGAUCUUGAAAACAGAUCCAGGCGGGCUAAUGUUCGCAUUCGCGGCUUGCCGGAAACGGUCACUGACCUAAACACUACUAUUCUGAACCUGUUUGCUGCGCUAUUACCACAAACAGACCGGUCCUACCUGCUAAUGGAUAGGGUCCACAGAGCACUUGGAUGUCCCAAAAACCCCGAUGUGCCGAGAGAUGUUGUCCUACGCAUGCAUUAUCCUGAAAUGCGGGACAAGGUUCUGCAAGCCGCCCGCAAUGUUUCACCACUACCUGACAUGCCACCUUCAGUUCAUCUAUAUGCGGCACCCUCUACAUCUUAG